AUGUUAGCGGUGGGGGCGAUGGAGGGCACCCGGCAGAGCGCGUUCCUGCUCAGCAGCCCUCCCCUGGCUGCCCUGCACAGCAUGGCCGAAAUGAAGACCCCUCUAUACCCCGCGGCGUACCCCCCAUUGCCCGCCGGCCCCCCCUCUUCUUCCUCCUCCUCGUCCUCCUCGUCGUCGCCCUCUCCGCCUUUGGGUGCCCACAACCCAGGCAGCCUGAAGCCCCCGACCGCGGGGGGGCUCUCAUCCCUGGGCAGCCCCCCACAGCAGCUCUCGGCCGCCACCCCCCACGGCAUCAACGACAUCCUGAGCCGGCCCUCCAUGCCCGUGGCCUCAGGGGCCGCCCUGCCCUCCGCCUCGCCCUCGGGUUCCUCCUCCUCCUCCUCCUCGUCCACCUCCGCUUCCUCCGCUUCGGCAGCUGCAGCGGCGGCUGCAGCCGCUGCAGCCGCCGCCUCAUCCCCAGCGGGGCUUCUGGCUGGCCUGCCCCGCUUCAGCAGCCUGAGUCCGCCGCCGCCGCCGCCUGGGCUCUACUUCAGCCCCAGCGCAGCGGCCGUGGCCGCGGUAGGUCGGUACCCCAAGCCGCUGGCCGAGCUGCCCGGCCGGACGCCCAUUUUCUGGCCAGGAGUUAUGCAGAGCCCACCCUGGAGGGACGCCCGCCUGGCCUGCACCCCUCAUCAAGGAUCCAUUUUGCUGGACAAAGACGGGAAGAGAAAACACACAAGACCCACGUUUUCUGGCCAGCAGAUCUUCGCUCUGGAGAAGACUUUCGAACAAACGAAAUACUUGGCGGGGCCCGAGAGGGCUCGCUUGGCUUAUUCGCUGGGGAUGACGGAGAGUCAGGUCAAGGUCUGGUUCCAGAACCGCCGGACCAAGUGGAGGAAGAAGCACGCGGCCGAGAUGGCCACGGCCAAGAAGAAGCAGGAUUCGGAGACCGAGCGGCUCAAGGGCGCCUCGGAGAACGAGGAGGAGGACGACGACUACAACAAGCCUCUGGACCCCAACUCGGACGACGAGAAGAUCACGCAGCUGCUGAAGAAGCACAAGUCGAGCGGCGGCGGCGGCGGCGGCCUCCUGCUGCACGCGUCGGAGAACGAGAGCUCGUCCUGAGCACCCGCCGCCCCCCACCCCAA